ACUAACCCCAUAAAUAAGUCCAUAACCUCAACAGGUCUCUCACUCCAUUCCCCCUAGCUUCCAGUUUGAUCUCCACUCUCACUCUCUUUUGCUAUCAAAAAUGGCUCUUGAGGUUGCUGCCAAGGCUGCUGCUGGUGCCCCUGAAAUUCUUGGUGACUGUCCUUUCACCCAAAGGGUUCUUGUCACUUUGGAGGAGAAGAAAGUACCUUACAAGCUCCACCUCAUAAACUUGGCUGACAAGCCCCAAUGGUUUACAGAAGUGAAUCCAGAGGGAAAGGUGCCUGUGGUGAAGUUCGAUGACAAAUGGGUCUCUGAUUCCGAUGUGCUUGUUGGGAUUCUUGAGGAAAAGUACCCUGAACCUGUUCUCAAAACUCCUCCAGAAUUUGCUUCAGUGGGAUCAAAGAUUUUUGGGUCAUUUGUGACAUUCCUCAAGAGCAAGGAUCCCAGCGACGGUUCGGAACAGGCUUUGCUUAAUGAACUGAAGGCAUUGGAUGAGCAUCUUAAGGCACAUGGUCCAUACAUUGCUGGGGAGAAGAUCACUGCUGCUGAUCUAAGCUUGGCACCAAAACUGUACCAUCUCAAGGUGGCUCUUGGCCAUUUCAAGAAGUGGACUGUCCCUGAAAGCUUGACCCAUUACCACAAGUAUACUGAGUUGUUGUUCUCAAGGGAAUCUUUUGUGAAGACCAUCGCCGAAGAUAAAUAUAUUAUUGCAGGAUGGGAGCCGAAAGUCAACCCCAAAUAGGUCUAGAUUGUAAGGUCUGUUGAAGUUUAGUUAUGCUAUGUAAUGUGUGAAAUUUAUGCUAUGAUUGUCAAACUGGGUAGCUAAACUAGACCUGCGUUCUUCUUAUGUCUAAUAAAUGUAUUAAAUCUCUAUUAUCGGGUAUGCUAUUUGGUAUUACUUGGUAACACUGUGCAAAGUCUCUGGAUAUGUAUGGUUAUAUUUUCUCCAUUA